AUGAUCAAAUUUUAAAAAUUAGAUCCUUAGUAGAAUAGCAUUCAAAAUGUAAAAGUUUCAUCUCCAAAAAAUAAAUCCGUAUUCUUAAUACUUCCAACGCCCGUUGAUAUUGAAACUAAGGCUUAGAAUAUUUUCUCAGGUUCUUCAGAAUUAUUAAAUGUUUUACCCGCUUACGAAAAGGGACCAAAACUUGAUAAAAAAGGAUAAAUUCUUAAGCACACAAUUGUUGGAUCAGUGCAAUAAUUUUAGUAAGAAAAACAAAGAAGACUUAAUAUCAACAAAAAGCCAUUUGCAAAACUGAAAACGUAAUUUCUAUCUGAAGCAGAGUCACAACCUGGAAUGAAUAACAGUUACACAAAAUGUAAAAUUCAUUUCUAUUCUCACAUUAGUGACCGAACUCACUUCUAGUAAAGAGCUGACAAAAAAAUCCUCUUAGAAAAUUAAGACUAAGGAAUUUUAAUUUAUAUAAUUAAAUGAAGAGUAAGUAUAAUAAGAAAUUGUGGAGGUUGAAAGAAGAGUUAAAACAAACUAAAUUGAAGUAAACUUCUUCUCUAAAAAUUUAAGACGGCAAGGUUAAAUUAAGAGAUCAAAGGAAAGCUAAAUAAAGGUGAUUAAUUAAAGAUGGAUACUGCUGAAAGGGCUUUAACUAAUUAUUAAAAUACUUAAGAAAAUUGGGAGUCGACUAAAUUAAGAGUCAGUUCUCGAAUACAACGAAAAUAAGGCUACUCAAUAAAUGAUAAAAUCGAUUAAUUUAGAGUGAAGCAAGAAAUUAAAUAGUUACUGGAACAUAUUACUCCUAUUGAAUAAAAAUUAGGAAACGAUUACUGGGUAUGUUUAUGUAAUCUAUAUAGAAAUAAGGACUUCGAAACACUUAGAAUGAAUUAAAUAAAAAAUACCCUUAUAAAUAUGUUGACAAACUAGAAGAUGAUCCAAGAUAUUUAGUAGAUUCUAAACCUCCCGUCAUAGAAAUCAUAAGAAGACCUAACUCAAGUGCAAAAGGAUGUCGUCCAUUCUCAUCAUUUACCUCCCGCUGUUAUCUGAAUAAAAAAUUAAAAGACAAUGAGGACUUAGUUUAAAAAUUGGUUCCUCUAAAUAUAGAAGAAUUUGAAGAUUUAUAAUUGGAAGGAUAAAAUAUUCUACUUUAGGAAAUCAAUUCAGUAAGAAAUCCUAAGGAUAGUUUUGUUAAGAUCACCAGCACAAUCAACAAUGGGGGUUUGAAAUCUUAUGUAAAAUAGAUUCCUAUUAACAAAGAGCUCUCAUUGCCUGAUGAAAUUAUUGAAUCUAAUUAUAAUAAAAAAUCGGUAAUUAACAGUGGUAAAUUUGGAAGCUUAAAAGGGUUUUUUUGA